AUGUUUGGCAAGAAGCUCCCGGCCGACAAGAUCCGUCGCACUCACCUUCGACCCGAAGGCGUAGUAGCCAUGUUGGUUGCCUUGCCAAGGCUCGACAGACCCAUCCGCAGCAUGAUGUCAUACACGCUAUACAUCUCCAUAUCUGCCGGCACUGGGUUCUGUUACGGUUCAAUCUGCCGCGGCGGCGAUGCCAAGUGGGACGACUUGAAGGACAGUCAACGCGGCCUGCGUUGGCGGUCUACGGUACUGUGGGUAGUAGAAGGACAAGGGGAGCUUAACGAUGUGGUGGCGUACGUCUCGCCCGAGCACGUCAAGGGUGGCGCGCACACGCUGCAGACAUUCUUUCCCAUCAUGUCGACCCCGGUACUCGCUGCAUCCGCCAACUGGAUGCUUUUGCUCACUCUCUUCCUAGACUCUGGUCGUACCGUUGAAGACCUCAAACGCGUACUGGAUCCAAAGUUUCUCGGCCCUGAGAAGAAGCCCCGCCGCAUCCACGUGCCUUCCGCAGUUGAGAACAAGUUUCUCGUCCAAGGUAGGCGGCCAGACCAAACGCCUACGAUGAAAAGUGUCAACCUUGUCUUGAAGAGCGUUUCUCGGCUUAGCGGGUUCGACGGCGACGUCACAACGCACUGCUUCCGCCAUCUCAUUGGUGACGAGGUGUAUGAGAAACGAGGGUUCGAGGCGACCAGGCGUACCCUCCAGCACAAGAAGACGACCUCAACUCGUUACUAUAUCAGUCCAGUCCUCCCGAGCUACGUGACCCAGGCUCUUUUUGAUGAUCCCGACGGCAGCCCGCUCGCAAAACGACUCCGCCGGGCCACCUCAAAGCCCGACUCCAACGCUCCUAUCCCUGCCAACCUUGCACUGGACAAGGAACGGCUCAACAAUCUCAAGGAGGACUGCGAACUUGUUGGGCUACUAGCAGAGCAACAGCAAAUCAAGGGCACUAUCGUUGAGAGCUAUGGGACCAUCACUGCAGCGCCGGAGGAAAAGCAGCGCCAGUACCGGUCAUGCGCACGCAGGUAUCGUGAUCGUCUGGGACAGCUUUGCGAGGUCGAAUUUAAGGAGCUGCGUGAUCAAUAUUUCGACACCAAACAGCGUAGCAUUCUGCCUCCAGUUGACCCCAACUCAUCUUCCACGACCAGCUCCUCUUCAACCAAGCGACCUCACGUGGCCACAACGUCAGCGGAGGAGGAGAUCGACCGCAUCAGCGAAGAUGACCCUACGUUCAACGUAGAUCUCGACAUUGUCAACUUUGCGAUUGAACAGGCGACUGCCGAGGAUACGGGACUGACCUGUCACGACGAUGAGGCAGUCGAGAAGGACGUACAGGAGGAGGAUGACGAGGAUGAUGCCUCGGUGAUUGCUGGUCUCAUGGGAGGCCCGUGCUGUAACAUUCUCAAACUGGCCGAACUUAUCCUGGCUUAG